UGCCGUUAGCGUCACAUGCCUUUUGGUUUCUACCCGGAGCAGUCAACGCUACUCGUCCGCCGACACUCGAAAAAUGUUAUAAUGAGAAAUCAGUGAACGCACAAGAAGUAUGAGAGUUUCAACAACAAAUAGUAAAACGGUUCUAAACGAGUGCUUAACACUAAAAUUCAGAAUACUCGUUUGCCUAUUGAGCGUCCAAUGGCUCUUCGUAAAUUCUACUUUUGCAAUCAGUCCAGGAGAAGUCAAAGUAACUUUACCAUCUAGGAACGAGGCAACCAAUCCGUUAAAAGAACCAACGCCUAGUACUCUACAAGGAGCUUUUAUAAGCCAAAAUUCGUCGGAAUCCGGUAAUGGCAGUCCGACACCAUCCACAACAGACUUUGAUCCUCCGAAGUUGACUACAAACGCAUCCACUACAACGGUGAAGAUCACAACUAAAGUACCAGCGAAAACAAGUGUUGAGUACACAAGUACGGUGGUCACUCAAACUGGCGGUCAAGGUGUCACCUCAGAGGUUACAUUGGUCACGACCAAACCCUCGGGAAAUAUGUUCACCAUUAAAGGGACGCCCUUUGUCGAUUCAACCACUACGGAGUCUUCUGUUGGUGAUCCUACAGUCGAUGUUACUACGGUCGAGGCAACUACAGUCGAGUCGACCACGGUCGAAUCAAAGAGGGUCGACGAUGGUACUACCAUGGAGACACCAUCGCAAUUCGCAGGAGUGACGACGUCUAAAAAUGACUUUGACAGCAAGAGCUUAGCGAAAAUGCUAAAAAGUUGGUUUAACGUCAAGGGCGACGAUCAAGGAGACUACUACAAACUAACGAAAUAUUUGAAAAAUGCCAGUACCUCUAAGAGUUCUGGUAAAAAUGUAUUCGACCAAUGGGAUGAAGCAAGCGAGGAACAAGAACGAAUGCUCGAAGAAGCUAUGCGUAAUGGCGACCCCGAAAGUUCAGUGUUGGCGGCCGAUCAGAACACUCCAAGCCGGUGGUUUGUUCUCUUGUUAACGGGAAACUCGACUGUGGCGCAAAUGAGACGUACCGAUUUUGCAAAGUACCUUAAGUUGAAUCUGGCGGCCAGAUUGUCGGUCGAAUACAACGAGGUCCAGAUCAACCGCAUUUUAGUGGUUCCACCGCGGUUAAUGGUUAACGUCAGUGUGGUACCGAUAGAAAGAGCCGACGAUAAUAGAAUCGAAGAAGAUCCACUGCACAACCUGGUAGAAACAAACGCUACUUUAAUGGAAUUAUCCGGAGAAGAAUAUCGAGUGGAGAGAUUUAUGUCUCUAAAAUCGCACAAACCGCAAUCGCUUGAAGACAUGAACGGAAUCGUCAGCAACCGACACGGCGACAUCGACUCGUUCAUAUUCUUUACAGUGGGUCCACUUUGCGUUCUCAUUAUACUGAUAUUCGUUUUCUUGUCGUUGUACAAAUACAUCAGGAAACAUCCGGUUAAGUGGCCGUGGAAGCGGAAGAUUGUCAAGCCGUCGUUCAAGUCGCCAUGGUUGGCAGGUGGUCAGCGACACCAUCGUAUGGACGAGAGUGUGGCUGACGAAGGUUCCUCCGUUAACGUCAUCUACUCGGGCGAGUUUGAACAGAGCCAACAACAGCAGUUGUCAGGUUCGUGGCUGGACGACGCCAACUUCGUUCCAGACGACAGUCUCGAUCGAAUACGCACUCCGACGUUACUACAGCGACCGAGUCCGAAGAACAAGGCGUUUUCGGAUUUGUUGUGCGAAAACGGCGCAUCGGCGGCUGCAGUGUCCAUCGUUCAACAAAGUCCUCGACUGAGCAGAGAGAACAAGUUGCGCAUAUUGGGCUGCAAGCAGUCAUGUCUUCUACUUCCGCCGCAACCCGUACAACAACAAAAUGAAACUGAUUCAUUAUCGCCGCUUCAAAAUAGCGCCGUGCCUUAAGCACUUUUUUUUUGCUUGUACGAUACUAACAAAAAUAUUUUAAACCAAGAGGUUAGUUGUUUGAAAUAAUUCCUAAUGUUCUAUAAUUUCUUAACUUUCUCUUGCAGAACAAUUCAAUUUUAUUACCAUCGAUGAGAUAAAACAAGGGAAGGAGGUGUAAAAAUGUAAUUCAAUUUAUUGAGUUAUUCCGAAACUGGUAUAUUCAAGACCGUUUAACACGUGUAGUACCAUCGAAAAUAAUAAUAAUUCCUCGUUAGAAAAUAUUAAAAAUUCCAUUGCGGUGCUUCGGUACGCGCAUUCCAUGUUGUUCAAUAGUACAAUUGUUUUAUAUCUACUUGCGUAAAUGAGUUUUGCCCUUGAUUUUCAGAUAGGAAUUUUGUUUCCUCAGAAUUUCCUUUAGAAUCUUGUAGAAUCGUAUGUCACCCAACUGAGAAACGCAUGUAUGAUAAUAAUUAAUAUUAAACAAUUUUAGGUACAAUACAACAAAUUUUUAAAAAGAAACCUUCAAUAAUCCAAAAUUUGGUAAACGUUGUAUUAAACUGCAAAUGAUUAUUUUCCUAUUGCUGAAUACCUAUAUUCAAAUCGUCCUAAAUGUUUAAGAUUGUUCAUUGUAUUUUUUCUAGUGUUUGGUCAUAAUUCAAUAUUGUAUGUUGGAAGAAAAAUGAUUUUUUUACUAUAUCAUUUAACAGGCAAAACUAAAAAAUUAAGCAUGAGCAGUCACUAACAAAUAUUAUAAUUCUUGUUUCAAAAAAAUUUGAUUGAAUUACAAAAUUUCUAGUUUUGUAUACAAUUUUUUGUU